CGUCGGUGCUCUGCUCUGCAUCCUCAUCGACGACCACUCCUAAUUGCCAUGAGCUCAACGUGCGCCCGCCGGGCUCUCACACGUUGCUCUGCAAUGUCAUCAUACACCCGCGCCCACUCCCAAAGCACGCUCACAUACAUACGAUUCGCCUCUAGCACCCCGGUCUCCAGAAACACAUUCAAGCCGCCGAUACGAAACGCAACAGGGACAUCAUCCUCCCAAUCCACAACCUCAAAGCCCGCAGCACCCACAAAAGCACCCGCAAAAGCACCCGCUCCAUCGUCUUCUCAAGCCGCUGCUCCAGCCCCCGCCACAGCCAAACCUGCCGCAGACAGCAGCAGCAAUAACACCCACGACGUCGUCGCCGGAAGGUUUCGCCCGGUGACCGCUGAACCCCUUCCGCCAACAUCUCGCAACGAGGCCGCUACAUCAGGCACGCACGAUCUUUCCGAAGGCCUCGUCGACUCGCCGCCGCCACCGGACCCCAGCGCGCAGGCGAUCGACUGGUCUCGUACAUACCAUGGGCUAGGCGACAGCGCGUUCCCCCCGCAGGCGGCCGAAGUGUUGCUUGCGCCGCUGAACCCUGAUGAUGUGGAGAUCAAGCCGGACGGGAUCAUCUACCUGCCGGAGAUCAAGUAUCGGCGGAUUCUGAACAAGGCGUUUGGGCCGGGCAGCUGGGGGCUGGCGCCGAGGGGGGAGAGCAUUGUGACGGGGAAGCUGGUUACGAGGGAGUAUGGGUUGGUUGUUGGCGGGAGACUUGUCUCUGUUGCCCGCGGUGAGAUGCAGUACUUUGAUCCCGACGGGAUCCCGACCGCCGUCGAAGGCUGCAAGUCCAAUGCAUUGAUGCGAUGCUGCAAGGACUUGGGCAUUGCGUCCGAGCUCUGGGAUCCACGAUUUAUACGCAAACAUCUCGCUGAAUAUGGAAGAGAGGCAUGGGUGGAGCAUGUCACCACAAAGAGGAAAAAAAAGAUUAUGCUGAGGAAAGAUGACCAGGUACGAUAUCCGUUCAAGGAAACUGUUGCCGGCAAAUGAGCAUGAGUAUGUACUAUACAAAGAGUCUGUAAUUGGUUCAAGUUCUCGAACUGUGUACAUAUAUGAUGACAUAGAUUUAUGGGGCACUGCCAGUAGGUGAGCUGGUUACAAGCGCGCUUAAAGUAUCUAAUCUCUACAAAUCGUUUAC